UGGUCGAUUUAGCGGCAACUGUUUAUUCCGUUAGUAAAGAUUUCGGCCUCCGUCUCGAUCUCCAUUCCUUCGAGUAAAGAUACUAAUCGAUUGGAAUUGGGAAUUUGCAUAUCCUUUACACCGAAAGCGGUCAGGAGGAUUCUUUUCCGCCCCUGAAUCCCCUGAAGCGGGAGGAAGGCCGCCACGUUGGAAGGAAAACGGCUUUUCACGGCAGUUAAUAAAUUUUUAACUGGUUCAACAAUUGCCCGCGAGUUUCGCCAACUAAUGACGAGAAACGCGGCGGCGAGUGGCGAUGAACCCGACGAGGAGCAGGCGUCAGCCGCAGUCGCUGAAGGUGAGGAUCAGGAGACUCAAAACCAGGCGAUGCAGGAUGAUGGGCAACCAGGAGGCGAGGGCCACCACCUCAGCAGCGAACAGCAACCAUCGACAGAGCAGUGCCGUCAGAGGCCGCGGAAAAAAUUGACGGACAAGCAACCACAACGAAGUGCUGCCAAUUCGCAUCCAGAGCAGGCGGAUGCGGACACAGACUCCAGCUCCUGCGAAGGCAUUAAAGUGGGUCAGCGGAGGAGCACGCGGGUGAGCUACGCUCAGAGAAACCGUCAUGGGGCGGAGCUGGACCACUACGACUAUGAUGAGGAGGGUGAGGGGGAGUGGGAGGAAGAUGGCGAGGAGGAGGAAGAGGAGGAAGAAUACUACGACGACUGCGAACAGUCCUCGAAACCGGAGGGACGUCGACCUUCUGCCUUAACCGCCUUGAGCGUCCGCAGCAGACGAAAGACGAAAACCCGUCAAAUUUGCUAUGCCUCCUCGGACUUGGAGCUGGGAAUUGGCGACGGACCCAACCUAAUCGACGGCGAGACCCUGGAUAAACGCCGCUGCAUCUCCAAGGGACAAAUGCGGGAAUUCCGGGAGGCUUUCCGGCUCUUUGACAAGGAUGGCGAUGGCUGCAUAACCAAAGAGGAGCUCGGCACAGUGAUGCGGUCACUGGGACAAUUUGCCAGAGUGGAAGAGCUGCAGGAGAUGUUGCAGGAGAUCGACGUGGACGGGGACGGGAACGUCAGUUUUGAGGAGUUCGUUGAUAUCCUGUCAAACAUGACGUACGAGGAUAAGUCAGGUCUAUCCUCCGCCGAUCAGGAGGAGCGGGAACUACGUGACGCAUUCCGCGUCUUCGACAAGCACAACCGGGGAUACAUAACAGCCUCUGACUUGCGAGCCGUGCUGCAGUGUCUGGGCGAGGAUCUCGACGAGGAGGACAUUGAGGACAUGAUUAAGGAGGUGGACGUAGACGGCGACGGGCGCAUUGACUUCUACGAGUUUGUCCACGCAUUGGGAGAACCGGAGGACUCGCAGGAGAACGACGACGAGGAUGUGGACACCACAUCGCCGCUGCCCACACCGAAAUCGGCCAUUUCCCUAAGCUACGAUUGAGGCUACCGGACUUCGCCCUAUGUGCAUGCUGAUUGUCGAGAGAGGAAUCCAAAGUUUGAAUAAUAUAUAUAUAGCUUAAAUUAAAACACGAUCCAGAGAUUGCCGACUUGGAAUAACAAGAACCGAUACAGGUGUUCGAACGGCAAAGAUUAGAGAGCGGUCGUUUAUUUCAUAUCAACUUUUUUCAACUACUAAGCCAUAGCUAGUCGAGGUGGAAGCGAUUGACCAGUAAACAAAUUACUGGUCAAACAAAUUAAAUAGAACUUAUCAAAUUAAAUCUUUUAAUUGAGUGGACGCACAGCUUAUCAAAUUGAAAAGGUUAUUAAAUAUAUACAUACAUACAA